GGGAAUAAUCUAAUCUGAAUUCUUCAGCCAAAAGAAAUAUCCUUUUUGUUAAUUACGAGUAAAUUAACAUAAACAUGGAUGGACCAUUUUUGCAUCAAUUGAUUACAGCACCUGUAAAAAAUGUUCUCAAAUUACAGCGAAUCAAAGAAGUUAAAUGGAAGAAUCCACGAUCAUGUACAAACGAGGCAUACACACCUACGUUUGUGGAGCACGUUGCAAAUGUAAUAACCCAUGGAAUUUGGAUCAUACCUUCAUUGGUUGCAGCACUUGAAUUAUUACAACGUUCCACAACAUGGACACAAUUUUUGUCUGCUACUAUUUAUGGGACAUCUUUGCUUCUUGUCUUCACUGUGUCAACAUUUUUUCAUUGUGUUCAUUAUCAUAAUCAAAAUGGACAAUUAAAAGACGCUCUUCAUCGAUUUGAUCGUGCAAUGAUCUACAUUUUUAUAGCUGCCACUUAUUUUCCAUGGUUAAAUAAUGAGCGCUUCCAAUCGCAUGUAACUUUAUCUACAAUGAGAAUUUUAAUAUGGAUCAUGGCAAGUCUUGGUAUUCUUUAUCAGCAAAUUUUCCAUGAACGAUACAAAAAGCUUGAAACAGUUUUUUAUCUGGUUAUGGGUGUAGGACCUAGUAUAGCAAUUGUCGAUAUUAAUGAAUAUAACGAUAUUAUAGAGCUCAAAGUGGGAGGAUUAAUGUAUAUAAUAGGAAUAAUAUUUUUUAAAUCCGAUGGACGAAUUCCUUGUGCUCAUGCAAUUUGGCACAUGUUUGUUGUCUCAGGAGCUGCUUUUCAUUAUUUUGCAAUUUUAAAUCAUCUUUAUCCAAUGGCUGAUGAUGAUAAAGGAUCCAGUACAUUGAAAAAUCCUAUUUUAUCCAAUUUUAUAGAAUCUCAUUUAGAACUUUAAAAUUUCUAGGUGUCUUAAAUCUCCAAUUUUAUCAAUCAAUUUUACAAAUCAAUAUCGAUUGAUAUUUUGAAUUUUAUAUAUUUUAUAAGCAUGAUAUUAACAAAAACAAAAAAAAAAAAAAAACACGAGAAUAAACGCAGUAGAAUUCUCGAAACUAAAAAAAAAAAACGAAACAUCACUGCUAAAUAAAGUGCCACUGAUAAUACCAAAUGAUUAGAAAAUAUUUAGCGCAAUUCGAAUAUCUAAAAAAACAAAGACAAAUGAAAAUUAAUUUCAUCUUCAUUGUCUUCAAGAGACUCCAAUUUAUUGGUGAUGAAGAAAUCGUGAAAAUAUAAAACAAAAAAUUUGUUUUCUAAACCAAAUCUAAAUUAGUAAUAUAUAUAAAAAAAUGUGGUAUAAUAAAUAUUCAAUAAAUUUAGAUCUUUUGAUAUAGAUGAUACAAUAGAAAAUGAAAUAACUUGUAUUUUGUCAGUUUUUAAUUUUACUGUUAUCAAUUUUUUAAAAAUAUCUAAGACACAAUAGUGUCUUAAAAAUUAUUUAAGAAUAUAAUAAAUUUUCUUAAAUAAUUUUUCGAUCUCAAAAAUAUAUAUUUAGUCUGCUAAAAAAAAUGAUUUAUAGAAAAAAUUGAAUUAGGAUAUAAUUUUUUUAUAGUAAUAAUAGUAGAAAAAAAUGAGAUUAUGUUGAAAAAAUUUUGUAAGAAAUAUAAAAUUAUUUGUUUGUAAAACAGUGCCAAAAUCAGAAAAUAAUUUAUAGUGCCAUUCUAAAAAAAAAAAAAAGAAAAAUUUUAUAUAUUUGAAAAAAAUAAUAAAAGCGCCAAAAUACAGUAUAAAAAAGUAAAACGCUUUUUCACUAAAAAAAAAAAUAAAUAAAUAAAA